GCUGCUGCAUCAGCUUCCGGUCCAUCACCAGCCGCACAGAGCAGAACAUGGUGAAUGUCUCCACGAAGACCAAGGACAACGUCUUUGUGCAUGUGAAAGUCGCUGUCCAGCAGUCGGUGAUGCCGGAGUUCACCGAGCUGGCCAUGUACAAGCUCGAUAAUGUCCACGAGCAGAUCGAAUCCUACGUUGCAGAUGUGGUUCGCUCAUUCAUCCCACAGAUGACGCUCGAUGAGUCUUUCGAGAAGAAGGAUGACAUCUCAGAUGCCGUGCAGAAGAAGCUCAGCACGGAGAUGGCCAACUUCGGCUUCGCCAUCAACAAAGCCUUGGUCACGGAGGUUUCGCCCAAUUCCGAGGUGGUUGCCUCCAUGAACGAGAUCAACAAGCAGAAGCGCCUCCGCGACGCCUCGCAGAUGGCCGCAGAGGCAGAGAAGAUCAAGGUGGUUAAGGCCGCCGAAGCUGCUGCCGAUGCUGCGCAGCUCCAAGGAGAAGGUAUUGCGCGCCAGCGCCGCGCAAUCAUCGAUGGCCUCCGGGACUCCAUUACCCACGGCAGCGGCGAGCAUCUCUCGACGGAGAAGAUCUCGGAACUACUCCUGAUCACCCAGUAUUUCGAGACGUUGCGUGAUGUCGCUGCUAACAAUCGCUACUUGGCUUACUGGCGCUUGGCAGUGGAGAAGAGCAUGCGAGCCUCAGAGCAAGUGUUGCAGGUCCGGUUGACAUCUGGCGAAGUGGCGGCGGCCAUACCUGUGGGAGAAGUCAGUACAGUGGGAGCCUUGAAGCAGCACUUGCAGGCCGUGUGUGGCGUGACGCGAUUUCGGCAGAGGCUGCUGCAUGAUGGCACAGUUUUGGCCGAUGAUGUCGGUCUGGAAGGUUUUCUUGACCUGCAACUGGUGCUGUUGAACUUCAUUACGGCAUCGCCCGCUGAGAGAGCUGAGCUGCUCGAAGCCAGCGGUCGGGGUGCAGAGGCUCAUGUCGAGCGGAUACUACAGAGACCACAGGACCCCAACAGGCGUGAGGAUGAAAAGAUGGGAGCUUUACACCUCGCAUCCGCUCGAGGAUCACUUGGCACCAUACGUCUUCUACUAGACGCUCGUGCAGAUCUGGAAGACGUUGAACAGUGGAGUGGCCAAACAGCUCUGUCCCUCGCAGCUAUGUUUGGUCGAGUUGAC